AGUUGUCAAACUUUCUUGAACUAAAAGAGAACGUAAAUGAAUGCAAAGAGAAAAUUUUCUCGUAAAACUUAAAGCCAUUGCUUGAAACGAUGGAUAAAAGCUUGAAAUCAUCGGAUCUUAUUGCAGGAGGUUUAUCAGGUGCUGUUGCGACGACUGUAACUUACCCGCUUGAAGUUCUGAAGACAAGGUUACAAUCUUCAUCUUUCGCCAUCCGAAGUGUUCCCAAUAAAUCAUCGCAACAACUUCUGCGACCAAGCACAAAGUUUGGCUUACUUAAUGGACAAAUUUCUCCGAUAAGACAUGCCUCUUUGUAUUCAUGUACCAGGCAAAUGGUUCAAAACGAAGGUUAUGUGUUAUUUUUUCGUGGGUUUCUUGCUAAUGUCACAGCUGUUUCACUAUCAAAGGCGUUUUAUUUUCCUGUAUACACAAAGUGUAAACGUUUCCUGGGAAAUGGAAAUGACAAAUCAAGGAAUGCAAUCGUUCACAGUUUUUCUGCUGCGUCAGCGGGCUUCGUUAGUGCCACACUUACCAAUCCCGUAUGGUUUUGGAAAACUAGAUUGCAACUUGACAUUUCUGUUGGUAAUCAGAAAUUGGCAAAAAAAAUCCCUAUAGCCGUUCAAAUAUAUAAAAAGGAAGGAAUUCAAGUUUUCUUUAGUGGCUUGACGGCUUCCUAUCUUGGGAUUGGCGAAACAGUAAUUCAAUUUGUCCUGUACGAAUUCAUAUGUAGUGUACAAAGAGAUCGAAGAAAGAGCGGGUCUGAAGAACAAACGGUGAACGUUUCCAGCUGUAUGAUAGCAGCCUCUAUAUCUAAAACUAUAGCUACUGUUGCUGCUUAUCCUCACGAGGUCUUCAGGACUCGUUCAAGAGAACAUCAAAACGUUGGAAAACCGAUCUUACAAUUAUUUAAAGAAAUAUUAAGUAAUGAAGGUUGGCAAGCAUUGUACAGAGGUUUAGGUCCCCAUCUUAUUCGACAAGUGCCAAACAGUGCUGUUUUAUUUUUGACCUACGAAAGUAUUACGCAAUGUGCUAAUCGUUAGAUUGUUUAAUUGUAUGUUAAACAGUUAUUGAUAGAUCAAUCAUCAACGUAUGUAGAAUUACAUGUACAUGUAAAUAAUGAAGACUGUAAAUUGUAAUGAUGAAAUAUAAGUGCAAAUAAUGUUGGUCGUUCCUUUUCAA